GGUUCAGUAAUAGUUUCCGAUGUCUCAGAAAAUCCAUCAGCCGUCGUUACACUGCCGAGUUACGACCCGCAAUUUAUGGCGCACUGUUACUUCCCCGCAGAAUUUCAAGGAGAUUUUCUGAUGCAAGUAAAUGGGCCAGGUGGUAAAGGAUCCGCGAAUUCCGUCGAACCGAUCCAGUACUCGGCUCUGAAUAUCACUUUCGACUCCAUACCUGUCUGGGGGUACUGUCACAAACGAGUCGGAGAAAAUGUUUUGCUGGUUGACACGACCGCAGAAGGGCAAUGCAUCAGGUGUUUCCGGUUGAAGCGAAGAUCCCGCAAUAUCAUUGAAGUCUUCUCAGAAGACCUCAACAGGUGCUACACAUACGAGGACAUCGCAAUAGCUUCUUGCGACAAACUCACCUCCAGAUCCGUCCUCUACCGUACAAAAGAAAUCGGAGGACUACCAAUUCGAAACGAAUUUUGCCCAAUAGCGGGAAAAUAUUCCUUUAAAUACAACGUUAACGAUGGGACGGAAGAUACCACCGAAUGCAACACAUUCUCAUCGACGCUGGACAACUGCCCAGACGGCUCGGUAUUCCGGCUGCAAUUUAAAAAAUGUGCCUUCGAAAAUCACGGGACUAAUUUAAUCGUCGAAAAUCGUACCACUGAAGUCGAUAGAAAUAUUACAUUCAAUUGCUUGGGAAGUUGGCCAGCUGGACCUGAUUAUAGUAAUAACACACGAUUUAUUGCACUUCUUGACACCCGUGACGGCGAUGAUUUUAGGCCCCGAUAUCGUUGUGGGCUGUAUCAUUCGGAUUCAUCAACCAGCAGAAUAUACAUGGCAUUCAGUAGUGACUCUAGUUGUACCCAAAAUCUUCAUAACUCAACAAGCGGCUACGAGACUUUAAUCCUCACACGAGCCCUUAAUUUACAAAAAAUGCCAGAUUACGUCUCAUCUCAUUUAGCAUCGUAUCCGAAGUGGGUACACGGCGACUGGGAAGAGUCGGUUAUCUCCAAAAGCACGAUGUCCUUCAACGAUCUGAAUGGUUACCGUAGCUAUACAUUCGUCACUGUUGACUCCGAUGACGACACUGAUCGCUACAUAGUCUACUCAAAAGAUCACUGUGAAAAUCAGGCCUACGUUUGUAUGAUGAUGAGACAGAGAAGUGAAAAUGUUAUGGAAUUCAAGAUCGGAACUAUUUCAAGUCCCGUGUACGCAAAAUCAUUGUGUGAAGAUCCUACUUUAGAUAGGUAUGAUAGUACUAGUCCAUGGAUGACCCAAGCUCGAUUGGAGCGAAUUGUUGAAUCUCCGUGCCCUAUCACGGGUCAUUAUAUAGGCAGAAUACCAGAUUUACCUGGCACGUGCGCCGAAUUGAGUAGUAACUGCAAUACUAAAGAAAUUAUGUACUACAAAGUUACCGACUGUGAAUCUGGAGAGUUAUAUGAAGAGCGCACAUAUUUAUGCCUCGGACAAUGGGAAGAAAGAGGAGUAAUGUAUACAUACACAAAACGUAAUGAUACAACGAACGACGUGUAUGCUCCUACUGAAUGUUUCGUCGGUUUAAUCGUUAACGACGACGAGAUUUAUAUCAAAGAAGCCGGCGAUCAUUGUCUUCGUAAUAUAGAUCCCCGAACAGAAGGAAUGCGGCUCUACAGAAAAGGACAAUGCUACGGUAACUCGCCUAGCCCCGCACCAACGCCAUUGAAGCCAAAUCCGCAUGACCCAAUAAUGCGAAUAACGACACAUUCCAUGCCGGGUAAUGCUUUGGCACCCACCAAGAAAACACCAAAACUUAUUUCAGCUUCGGCGUCAUUGACUCAACACUCUUUAAACAUUUUUAUCUAUAUUACAAUUUAUAUUUUUUAUUUUGAGUUUACGCACAACUAA